AUGGCUGACGAAGGCGCAUCACCCCGCGAGCUGAUCGUGGAAGCCUGCCGCCGUGACCAACCCCACCUAAUUGAGCAAGUCCUGCAUGACAUGGAAGAACAAACAAACGAGCAAGUCGCAGAAUUUUUCAACAGAGUCACAGACACAAUGGGCAACUAUGCAUUGCACAUCUGUGCCCAAUACGGCAGCGGAGAGACAAUGGACCACCUAUUUGACAUUCAAGGCUUCGAAUGCGACCCCAAAAACCGCCUAGAUGAAGACACGCCACUGCACGUCGCAGUACGCUACGCAAUGGAAAAAGACCUCUCGGUUGGCACCGAGAUUAUCGAGAUGAUGUGUGAGGCUGGUUGUGAUCCUCGCGUGCGCAAUAAGCAUAAUCAAUUGCCUAGUGAGUUAGCCAGGGGCAACAAGGAAAUUAUGGCCAUUUUGCAGAAGGCUGCGUAUAUCAUGGCUGAGGGUCUACAGAAUAAUGGUGAUGGUGCUGAAUCGGAUGGUGGGUCGGCCAGUGAUAUGGAGGAAUAA